AUGCCAUCGUUUCUCAACAACGAGGACAAUUCGGCCAUCUUCUCCAACAACCCCGACAUCGUCAACCUUGACCCCACGAACCAGUUCGGCCUCGCGACCACCAAGGAGAGGGUGAAUGGGGGUUCCAUCCGCCACACCCGAUCCGACACCAUCAAUGAGAGCUUCGACGAGAGCUCCAUCUCAUCCACUCACGCCUCCGACACCUCUGAGCCCACGCCGACGCCUAUGAAUGGCAACGGCACGAGGCCGACGAGCAUGAGCUCCAUCUCUAACGGCCAGUCUGUUACUGCCAUCUAUCCUCCUCGCCAAGAUGACGAAACCGACGUCUACCGGCAAAAGCCCAUGACCAAUGGCACCGCGACUCUACCCGACCGCUCAUAUCGAUCCUCGGCCGAUACUAAUGGCAACGGCCAUCAGUAUCCCACCACACUAUCAAAACCUCUACCUUCUGAGCCCCCAGCCGAGGAGCCCUAUGAAAAGCCCCCGAGCAGGAGCCUCGAUGCCCCGACCACAGCCCCUCCACCUCCCCCUGAGCCGCGUGGCUCCCAAUCACAAACAGCAUUGCCAACCACUGCUCACCGGUUGUCAUCCCCGCCCGUCUACGUUGGUAACACUGUAGGUUCGUCGCCAGGACUCCUUCAGGCUCCCGGCCCAGGCGGCCUCAAGCAGAGAAACACACUCGACGUGCCAAAGCAUACACCUGGUCGAGGCUCCAAGGAUGGCCUGGAUACGGCACAGGCCAGUGGCCGCUUCUCUCCGACCGGCGCUCCUGCGACUGGUGGCCGACGGCCAUCUCUGAGCUUGGGUCGAAGACCAACCAGAUCGAUGCAGUCGGACGGACCCCGAGAUGAGAUCAUUCCAGACGAGGACGCCCUCCGAUGGACAGAAGCAGUACGGGCAAAGCGGGCCAGCAAGCGGAGGAAGAAGGAAGAGGAGGAUGACGAACGCGUCAUUGUUGGCACCAAGGUGGACGAGACCCACGCCAACUGGGUCACGGCCUACAACAUGUUGACAGGUAUCCGAGUAUCAGUCUCGCGGACGAACGCAAAGCUCGACCGAGAAUUGACUGAUGCCGACUUUGAGACUAAGCAGAAGUCGACAUUUGAUAUUGCCGGUAAUGAGCUGGUUCCAUCAGCCAAGUAUGACUUCAAGUUCAAGGACUACGCCCCUUGGGUUUUCCGUCGCCUACGUUCACUGUUCCGCCUGGACCCUGCCGAUUAUCUCAUGUCCCUCACGGGCAAGUAUAUCUUGUCGGAGCUUGGUUCUCCCGGCAAGAGUGGCAGUUUUUUCUACUUUUCACGAGAUUAUAAGUACAUCAUUAAGACGAUCCACCACGCCGAGCACAAGUUUCUCCGAAAGAUCUUGAAGGAAUACUACGAGCACGUCAAAGAGAACCCCAACACACUUCUCUCGCAGUUUUACGGUCUGCACCGAGUCAAGAUGCCUUAUGGCAAGAAGAUCCACUUUGUGGUGAUGAACAACCUGUUCCCACCACACCGGGACAUUCACACCACUUUUGACCUGAAGGGAUCCACUAUUGGCCGAGACUACAGAGAGGAGGACUUGGAGAAGAACCCCCGUGCGACCUUGAAGGACCUGAACUGGAUGAGGCGGCAGCGGAGCCUGGAGCUAGGCAUCCGGAAGAAACAAAUGUUCUUGGAACAACUUCAGAGGGAUGUUGUUCUACUGAAGCGCCUUCACAUCAUGGAUUACUCGCUGCUGGUUGGCAUUCAUGAUGUCUCGCGGGGCAAUGAGGAGAAUCUACGUGACAAGACGUUGCAGGUCUUCAAUCCUGGUGGUGAGAAGGCCCCUGAUGACGACCCUGCGUCGGUCCUCCUCCGCACGCCGUCCAAGUUGGAGAAUGCACGAAAGGCCAGGGAACUACGGCAGAUGAUCCGUCAGGAGCGGCCAGUACCCAUGGGUCAAUCGGCAAACAAGAUGCCGGAUGAGCUGGAGGAGGGUCACAACCGAUCCGGGUUCGUGUUCAACCAGGAUGAUGGUGGAUUCAGGGCAACCCACGAAGACAACAGCCCAGCGGAUGAGAUUUACUACCUGGGAGUCAUCGACUGCCUGACUCACUAUGGAAUAAUCAAGAAGAUUGAGCACUUCUGGAAGGGCUUGUCGAGCGACAGGUCACAGAUCUCGGCACUACCACCUGCCCAAUAUGGUGAUCGGUUCUACCAUUUCAUCGAAGGGGUGACCAUGUCAUCUGAGGAGGCUCAUCGCGAGGCUGAGAGGAGAGAUCAGGAAAUGAUUGAGGCGCAAAGAUCGGGCGAGAGGGUGUCGAGCUGGAAUUCGCGUCGUAGGUCGUCGCAAGCCAUCCCACCCAUGCCGACUCAUGUUCCUCCCCCGCCUCCUUGUCGCUCUCCGGAAGCUCAAGAGACGGUAGAAAAGGCAAGUAGGGAAGCUGAGCGGGCAGAAAGGCACGGACACACAGAGAACCAGGUGCCUGACCGAGUCCUGACGACUGCUGGCUCCAGGGGUGAUGCGCGUGACUCGAUGCAGCAUGAGCCCAUCCUGCCGGUUGUUGAGGAAGCAGGCGAGAAUGGCCGAGAUGACAGCCGACCCGAGACGCCACCCAAGGAUAUGAACAAGAGUCUACCUCCGACAAGGGCACCCCCUCCUACACCACCCAAGUCGGGGUAUCAGAAGCCGGACAGCGCCGACAGCGGAUAUGCCGGGAUGAACCACAGCACCGGACCUGUUGACCAUGUCUCGAUGCUGCGAACCAAGAUGGGCCGCGAUAGCCUUGACAAGGAACUGCCGCCGCUCCCAAGAAAGGAGGAGACGAACGACAGCGGAGUGAGAAUGGUGGCAUAGAUUGCUACCAUGGUCAAAUGUGGCAACCCAGCUCGGAGGAAAAGACGGCCGGCUUAUGAUUAAGAAAGAAAGCGAACGACGCAAGCGCAGAAGCUUGACGAGAGACGGAAUCAUCAUCUAUCUACCACAACCACAACACAACACACCACACCAUACCACAAACGAUGCAUUAGAAAGGCGAGACAUACGGCGGCACCUCUUUUGUUUUGGUUUCUUUCUUUCCUUGCCUCCCUGCUACCACAAACUAUUAUUUCCCUUUGGACAAUUUUUGGCAUACCAAGCUACGCUCAUGAAAGCAGCUUCAUCUUUCCGUUUUAUUAUUUCCUUUUCCUUUGUCGAUGAGGGAGCGGAGAGGAGAGGAGAGAAUGAGGGAGAAGGGAGAGGCGAGGAGGAAGGACAUUGCACGUUAAAAAGGCCGACCUGUAUUCAGGGGCAUCCGGAGAGGGAGAGAAUGUGCAGAUAUGGGUUGUUUUUUUGUUAACAAAAAGAAGAACAUGGAUGAUACCACCACAGUGAGCACGCUUACAGUUUGUUUGUUUUUACUCGUCGUUUUUUUUCUCUUCAGUUUUCUUGAUCAUCAGUCUUCACUUCUUAUAACCUCUUUAUUCGACUUCAUUCCUUUUUGCGUCGUAUACUCAUUCUCUUUUGGGUUGUAUCAAGCUGGGAGGGCUUUUGCAGGCGGGGGAGAUUAGGUAGUAGGGAUAGAUAGAUAGGGUAGGAUAAGACUCGCGUUUAUAUCAAUCAGCCUGGAAGGUAGCUGAAGUAACAGUAACUGUAGUGUAGUAGUACAUUUUUUGUUGUAUGUACAUGAAGUUUUUUGUGAGCUGGUGUUGACAUGUUAGUGUACAAUGGUAUAAAUACAUUUUCUUAAAGGCCUUGUGGUGUUUCUUGGUUCCAACUUGGCUCUUACUCUAUCCAUCUCGUUUUUUUACCUCCCCUUCUUCCUGUCCAACAUAUCCUGAAUAUCCUCAACACCCUUGCCCUUCUCACCAGCACCACCCUCGGGAGCAAAGCUCGUAGUAACAGUCAUCUCCUGGGCACCCUGAGCCCUCAACUCGUCAAGCCUCCUCUUCUUCUGAAUGUCUGCGACGCGCCACUGCUUAAAGUACUUUACCCAAGCUGCAGCGCAGUCCCGCUCAAAGUCUUCGUUCUGGACGGGGCAUGCCUUUUUCGCGGCAGAGGCAUCCUUGGUGGCGUCGAUGAUGUUGUUGGCGUCGAGGCAGGCAAAGUAGGCGUCCCGGGCGGCCCAGCAGGCUUUGCGCUCUUGUCGGUUGGGGAUGGCGGCUCCGGAGCGGAUUGCGUCGCCGCGGGUGUCGCUUGAGAAGGGCCAGAAGCCCAUUGUGUUGGUGGUGUAAGAGGAUCAAUUGAUCGAGGAGAGGUUGAUUGGUGUUGAAGCUCGAGUGUAUCUUAAAGAGUGUGAUGCUGCAAGCUCUUGGC